AUGCGAAGUGAUGUUGCUCUGAUGAGGCCCUCUCUCUUCCUGGUGCCUUGGGGCUGUGAAUUGAAUGACACCACCCCAAGAUGUGUAGUGAAAGAAGAAGAUGACUUAUUAGAACACCUAGUAUAUUUGAGAACAGUGAUCCUGGGUGAAGAUGCUGAUGAUGAGACCCACGUGUUGGCUGUGGAGUCCAGAAAUAUGGCCAGUGUUCCUGAGCCAGUACGGAUUGUAUCACUGAGACAUUCUGUCUUACCAAUGGUCUGUCUUGAUGGCUUUGAAUUGCUUCCCCCUGUUUCUUUUAUCCUAAAAUCGGGAACAGGCCCAGUAUAUCUGAAUGGGCAGCACCUAAUCUUGGAAGAUGAUUCUGACUAUGAGCCGACAGAAGAUGAUAUUCCAGAUGACGUAGAUGCUGAUGAGAACAGCUUUGAUGAAGGUGAAAUACCCAGGGCAGAGAUGCAAGCUGUGCAGCAAACACCUUUAGCAGUCCAGGAGAGGCUAGGUGUCAUCACCAGUUCUGCCUCAUCAACAGGAAUGAAAAGAUGGAGUAUUUACAAGGGUUGUCCCUCCCUGAGGCAGAUACCUCAUUCUACCUAA